AUGCGUCUGUCCGCGAUACACGUCUUGGCGACGUCUCUCGCCGGCGCCUGCGGCCAAGCUUUCAUACCCUGUGUCGAGGCGACUCCCAGCGGCAACGCAGUCUUUGGGUUCAACUACGUUAAUGCUUGCAACAAGUGGGCGUGGAUCGGGAAGAAUGUCGGCGUCGACGUCAGUAUCCAGGCGGAUUGCUCUCUGAGACAGAACUGGCCCAACUAUCAGGCCGUCUCGUACGUGUGCAUUCAGCGCUCCCCGGACCCGUCUGCAGAGGGGGCUGUCCCGAAUAAGUGUUACUGGGCUCCUGAUAGCUCCACCAUCUACGGAGCAUGCCAGCUCCCGGAGUCCCAUUGCCCAAACAUUGUCAAUGUUGAGGGCUGGCCCAGGAUGUCGCCUUCAGGAGCUGGUCGGUCGAUUUAA